AUGUAUACUCACAAGGCCAGGCAGAGGCAGAAGCAGAAGCAGGAGCAGGACUGUCUCAACUGCUUUCUAUAUAAUACCCCUCCUUCACUACUCCUCCCACAAAAUCACAAUGGUUUAUGCAGCCCAUGGUACACAUCAGCCAAAAGCAUAGAGCCAGGGUUUUAUCAGCAUUACCCAAAUGUACAACUGUCUACAGCAGCAGGUAAUUUGAAGGGGGAAAGGUACAACAGGUUGAUGCAUGGAAGCCAAAAUGUGGGCAAAGAAACACUGGAUUUAUUCCCACUUCACCCCACUGGAAUUCUGCAAGCCAAAAGUGGGGUUAUUGAGAGUGAGGGUAGUAUUGGAAAUGACAAGAAGAACAAAUUUGCUACUACAACUGCUUCUCAAAAUGACAACAAGAAAGCUGGCAAUGCUCAUCACUUUUUUGAUUUUUUCUGCAGAAAUUGA